AAUGGUUCCCUUAUCCAGUACUCUCCCUCCCACGCCACCAAAAUCCAAAAUACCAACAAAAACUCCCACAUUUCAACCUGCUCAAAAACAUGGCUGAAGCUGUCAUGGGCUUCACCAUUAUCAAACCUCAAAUUCACAGCUCUCUUCAAACUACAAAAUUGGUCACAAACCCAUGUUCAAGAUUGCUUAGACAGUAUUCAAGUUCUGGACUUUUCAAUGGGUGGCUGCAGCUUGAAGGGGGGAAGAGGAGAAGAUCCUCUCUGUGUAAAGCAUCUGCUCUCCCUGAUUGGCCUCUGAUGGCAGUUCUUGUUCAGCAUAUGGAAGGCCAGAAAGAUCUUGUAACCUACAAAUCUGUUGUGCAUCUCAGUGAUCAAGCCAUAAAGAACGUCUAUGUUUUUUAUAUCUUUUUCACUUGUUGGGGAUGCAUGUUCUUUGGCUCCAUGAAGGAUCCUUACUACGAUUCAGAGCAGUAUAGAAAAGAUGGAGGAGAUGGCACCGGAAAUUGGAUAUAUGAGAAGCAAGAGGACAUUGAAGAAAGGGCAAGAGCUGAGUUAUGGCGUGAGGAGCUGAUCGAGGAGAUAGAGCAGAAGGUUGGAGGGCUGCGUGAGUUGGAGGAAGCUGGCAAGCAAGAGGAGCUUGUCAAGUGAUUCUCUCUGUGUAUUCAUGCUUAAUUUCAACCUAUUGAUGCUUUUUUACGUGUCAUUCAUAAAAAAGCACAAAGUGUAUGUAUUAUCUAAAAAGAAAAAGAAAAGAAACAAGUAAUUAUUUCUUCUAUUCUAAAAUACUCAUCAAAGUAAAAUAAACUUUUGUUCAUGAGAUUAA